UCGGAUCGUCGAUCCGAUCUGCAGUCCAACGUUGGGCCGUUAGGGGAAGUGUCGUAUGAAAGUGAGGUCCUGAAAAGCGACCGUGGUGAUGUCCUACCUGCAACAUAGCCUUAGCAGAGUUACCACUGUAACUUCACAUUCGAUAUAUAAAAGUCUUAUCAAGCCACACGGGGAAAAGACGGCAGGUCCGGGAUGCGGUGGGGAAGGGGCAGGAAAUACAAAGGAACACGGGAAAAUAGAGGCCACAACCGACGAAGAUGCGGGAGAUGCCGGAGAUGGGGGUGCCCAGCGGGUGCCCAGUGGACUGGGAGACCCGCUUUCGGCAGCCGACACAGGCAUGUCGUCACAUGGAGGACGGAGUGGGGGGGAGCACGAUGCGGGAGAUGCAAUGGUAUUCGGAGGAGCAAGCCCGCGGGACACUACCGAGCCUUUAGCGGAUGACAAAGAUGAGGGGGACAAACUUCUGCACGUGGUAUGCACUGGCUCUGGCUCGCAGAUAGCCCCAGACUCAAUGGAGAGGGAAGAAGGUGGUGGUAUGGAGGGAGUUCAUAUGGCACAUGGUCGUGAAGUGGGAGAUGAUGAUGAGGAAGUUGACGCGGAUGCGAACCUCGAACACAACAUGGACGUGGAUAGCGAGGAUGGUUUGGGAAAGGAAGCUUCUUGUCAUGGCCGAUCCGGUGGCAGCAACUCGAACGUGAUCAACUUGAUCAAGCAAUCAGGUGAGAUCGGAGAAAAGUCACAUAGUGAAGGAAGAACGUUGCCAUCAGCCAAGCCAACACAAAUGGACCAUGCUUUGCAUGAUGGGAGUGAGGGAAGGUGUAGUCCGAAGCGUGAAGCAGGAGAGGAAAAAGAGGAAUGCGGUUGCAAUGAAGGCGAACGAAACUGUGUACAUGGCUGCACUAUUCACUUAGCAACGGACGCCCUCAAUGAGACCGAAGAAGAGGCAUUACGUCACAUGAGUAUAGAGCGGAAUAAUAUGAAAACAUUGACAAGCAUGAAGAAUGAAGCUAUUGGAGAGCAACUGUUAUUCACCGUGCAUGAUUUCAACGUCCUCAUGAACGAGAACGAGUGGUUGAACGACAACAUUGUGAAUUUCUACAUGAAAAUGAUUCUGCAUGAUAACAAUUGCAGAACAUUUCAUAAGGAAUGUGGCAAUCUGUUUGACAAGUCCAAUGUAUGUAGCACAAGGACAAUCCCCGUCACAGCUGCAUACAACUCAUACUUUCUUACUAAACUUCUAGGCAAGAACAUGGAAUAUAAGUACGACAAAGUUGCUAGAUGGUUUCAGGAUGUCAUCAUAGCAGACACGGAGUUGAUUCUAGCGCCAUAUCACGAUACGAAAAAGAAACACUGGACACUUGUUGUAGCCGACCGUCGACGGAAUGUGAUAGAGUAUUACGAUUCAAUGGAUACGAACAUGAAGUUAGCUGAAUAGGUGACACGCUACUUCGCGCGAUUUUUACUAGAGCGCUCAACGCAGCAGGGCCGACCAAUAGACGUAUCAUGCUUCGAACACACUUUGGAAGUGAAGGGCAUUCCGAAAUAGGAAGACGCGAGUCAAUGCGGAGUGUUCAUGCUCACUUAUGCAUCUCUUCUGGCAAAAGGCAAGGUGCCACCAUUCAAUUUCGCAAUGGACGACAUACAGGGCAUCAGACGAAGGAUCGCAAUAGACUCAAUAGCUUCGUGAUUUGCAAAUUUGAAAUUGCAUCGUAUUCGUUCAGUGUUGUCGUAACUGAUAAUAGUUCAGAGCCUUCGAUAGGUUGUGGGUAUCCUCUCAUAUUAUUAUACACCGAAGAAAACGAAAAUGAAUUGAAAACCUUUGA